AUGGGUAGUCUCGGAGAUACCCUCCCAUCGCCUAAGAAGUAUAACACCGAACUCACGGACUACUCCGUUACACACGGUGACAAAACAGGUCCUUAUGCUGAGAACCUCGAGGUUGAUGCCUUGGUAGUCGGUGCCGGGUUUGCCGGCAUAUUCAUGCUCAAGACCCUGCGCGACCGGGGUCUCAAAACCGUCAUAUUCGAAGCCGGCAACGACACUGGCGGCACCUGGCGCUGGAACUGCUACCCCGGCGCAGGGGUGGACUCGGAAGUGCCGGAGUACGAGUUCAGCUGGCCCGAGGUGUACAACACGUGGAACUGGCCGAACAACUACCCCGACUACAAGAACCUGCGGGAUUACUUUGAUCAUGUGGACAGGGUGAUUGGAGUGAAGAAGGACUGCGCGUUUAACACGGUUGUUGUUGGGGCGCGGUUUGAUACGGAUGCUGGCAGGUGGAAUGUUGAUACGGCUGAUGGGAGGGUUACUAGGGCUAAGUAUCUUGUGCUGGGGACUGGAUUUGCUGCAAAACGGUAUAUCCCCCCAUGGCCGGGCAUGGACAAAUUCAAAGGAACAGUCCACCACUCCUCCUUCUGGCCGGACACCGACGUCCCCGUUUCCAACAAACGCUGCGCAAUCAUCGGCACCGGCGCCUCGGGCGUCCAAAUCACACAAGCAUGGGGCCCCGUCGCAGGGGAUCUCAAAGUCUUCCAGCGCACCCCGAACCUCGCCGUACCCAUGCGCAAGCGCGCUCUCACCAUCGAAGAACAAGAACGCAUUAAACCGUACUACCCCGAGCUCUUCCGGUACCGCGAGACCAGUUUCGCGGGGUUCAUGUAUGACUGGCACGAGAAGAACACCUUUGACGAUUCCCCCGAGGAACGGGACGCGUUCUAUGAAUCGGUCUGGAAGGACGGCGGGUUCCGGUACUGGGUUGCCGUGUACAAGGACAAUCUGUUCAACCCGGAGGCGAAUAAAGAGUCGUACAAGUUCUGGGCGAAGAAGACGCGUGCGCGCAUUGGGGAUCCGAAACUGCGUGAGCAGUUGGCGCCGUGGGAGAUGCCGCAUUAUUUUGGCAUUAAGCGGCCGUGUCUGGAAUUGAACUACUACGAGCAGUUUAAUCGCGAGAAUGUGCAUCUCGUGGAUAUCAAGGAGAAUCCGAUUAAGGAGUUUACGGAGACGGGCAUUCUGUUGCAGGAUGGGAGCCAUCAUGAGCUUGAUGUUGUUGCUGUUGCGACGGGGUUUGACGUCGUCACUGGUGUAAUGACCCAACUCGGUCUGAAGAGCAUCGACGGCGCAGAGCUCGAGAAGGAAUGGAUCCCAGGCGCAAAGACAUACCUGGGCACAACCGUCAGCGGAUAUCCCAACAUGUUCCACAUCUACGGUCCGCACGGUCCAACGCUGCUCAGUAACGGUCCCACUUCAGUUGCCGUACAGGGCCGCUGGAUCGCCGACACGAUUUCCAAGAUCGAGGCGAACGGGGUCAAGUAUAUCAACCCUAAACUCGAGGCCGCGGAUAAGUGGAAGAAACACGUUGUGGAGCUGAAUGACCGCACGCUGUUCCCGACUACCAGGUCUACCUAUAUGGGUGGGAGUAUCCCAGGGAAGGUGUAUGAGCCGGUGUGCUAUUCUGGUGGGAUUCCGGCGUAUGCAGUUGAGAUUCGGAAGGCGCUGGAUAGCUGGGAGGAGGGAUUCGAUGUUGUCAAGUCUUGA